GUGGUGGCGGUUCUUUCAACAUGGCGGCGACAGCAGAAAAGAGUGGAAAAUCGGAGAUAUUCUGGAUGAACGGCGUAUCAGAUAAGGAACAGCCUUUGGUGUUUUUUCCUGGAGUGGACGGAGGAGUGACGACUAAGCCCCCGUUUAGUCUGGGACCAGACGGGACCAGUACAUCCAUAAAAAGAGGCACCAAAAUGCGAGUAAACCUAGUCUCCAAUUGCAAAAGUUACAACACACAAAUGAAAGCAGGCAAAAAAGUGGGUCACUUACAAAGUGAUGGCUCUGGAUCUUAUACAAAGGAAAGGGUGUCAGUCCAUCAGAGUGCAGCUGUACCCGAAGAGCACACCAUCUUCCAGCCACCUCAAACUUUCCAUGCUUUGUCGGAGGUGAUCUCUGAGACCAGCAGAAAUAAGAGUGAAGUCUCUUUGAAGGAUCUCUGUCUUGCAGAUAAAAAGCGAAUUGCAAACCUUGUCGAAGAACUGGCCAGAGUAAGUGAGGAGAAAGAGGAGUCAGUGCAGCGUCUGAAAGAUGAACAAGGGAAUUUUGGGCGCAAGAUCCAUCAGCUGGAGCAGCAGAACGUGAUUAUAGAACAGGAGAGGAAGAGCCUGCAGCAGCAGUACAGGGAGUGCCAGGAGCUGCUGGGGCUCUACCAGCAAUACCUUUCUCAGCAACAGGCAAAGCUCAAUGAGUCCAUCGCCCAGGUCAGCCAGCCCCCGACCCACAGCAAGGUGGUCAGUGGUGAGGGGGCUCCCAGCAGGACAUCUGCAAGCAGAGCUAAUGGAUCACUCUCUGAUGGCUCGUACGUCAGUCUCGCUGCUACUGGAGCACAACAGACUCAAAUGUGUAGCAGUUGUGAUGCAAGAAGUGGAGCAAUACAAAUGCUUCCAAACCCUGCCUGUCUUUCCUGCGACAGAGAAUUAGGUCCAAGUGAUGGGUCAGCCGAACAGCACACCAGUCAGAGAAGGGAGUGCAGGGUGCCACGCACAUGCCACAGAUCUCAGCGCAGCAAAAUAAAUCGUCGUGACACCGGCAAUGGAGCUCAGGACUGGAAAAGUGAUAGUGGUUCUCCUCUACUGAAUAACCAUCAGGACACAUUUAGCCUAAAGGAGCAUGAAAGAGCCAGUCGUGCCAGGGAAGUCGUGGCCUCAGAGGGAAAGGACGUCCUGACCAGGACUCUGCUGGGUCAGGAGGACUGGGAGAAGAAGAGGCACCAGUUGCUGCUGCAGAAGAUGCAGUUGGAGAUGGAGAGAGAGCGGCUGCAGGCACGGCUGACUGAGCAAGAAGAGAGACUCAACAGGCAGACCAAGUCAGGUGUUGAUUGCAGCAGGACUCAGCUACCUACUCAUGCUGAGCUCAGCAGGUUAAACACUGGAAAUGGAGGACCAGAGCUGGAGGGUUCUUCCCACCAAGACUUGCCCCGCAGUGUAUGUACAGAUGAAGAGACGCGUUCUGUGGGACACAGCUUGCAUGAAAAACACUCUCAAACUGCUCCCUCAGCCAGUAAAGCCAGAAAUGCAGAUUUGUUAGAGCGGUCCAGAAAGGACACGGGCACGUCUCCGCUCAAGUCCAAGGCCAACUCAGCCCCUGACAUCCCAAAGACCCCACAAGCAAGGUUGGACUUUUCUGUGGUUGAGUUAUUGGAUAUCUUUAGUCCAAUCUCUACCUCUGAGCAGCCGAAGCCAAGCGCUCGAAGGCCCAAAACGUUCCGACACGGGUCGACCUUCACCUCCUCCAACUCUGUUGGACGAAUCCUUCUUAAUCCUGGUGGGCCUUAUCCUCACAAUACACACCAGGAUCUGGAAGAAAGCCAGAUACUGGAAGAUAUUUUCUUCAUUUGCUGACGAAGCGGAAAAAUUAGGUCCAUGAAAAUGGUGAAAUUAACCAAUCUAA